CAAAUCCAAGUUGAAGGUGAAAGUCCUCUUUCCUCACGUUAGCUGUCCCCUUUACUCGCUCGUCGUCGCUACAAACUGCUGCAACUAUGUCGGUGUUUAGUGAAGUUCCCCAAGCAGCGCCUGUGGCUGUCUUCAAGCUAUCCCAGGAUUUCAAUAACGACCAAUUUCCCCAGAAGGUGAACCUCGGAGUGGGAGCUUACCGGACAGAUGAAGGCCAGCCAUGGGUUUUACCAGUGGUGAAAAAGGUAGAAAAGAUCAUUGUUCAUGAUGAUAGACUGAACCACGAAUACCUGCCCAUCCUGGGCCUGCCUGACUUCAGAUCCUCAGCCUCCAAGAUCGCACUGGGAGAUGACAGCCCUGCUAUCCAGGAGAACAGGGUGGGGGCUGUUCAGUGCCUUGGUGGCACAGGUGCUUUGAAGAUGGGGGCAGAGUUCCUCAGACGUUUCUUCAAUGGAAACAACAACACCAAGACACCUGUCUAUGUGUCUGCACCUACCUGGGAAAAUCACAAUGCUGUAUUUGCCAAUGCGGGCUUUGAGGAUGUCCGUCCAUACAAGUACUGGGAUGCAGAGAAGAGGGGCCUUAAUUUGGCCGGUUUCCUUGGUGACUUGGAGAGUUGUCCAGAACACUCAAUCUUUGUCCUGCAUGCCUGUGCCCAUAAUCCAACUGGCACAGACCCCACACAGGAGCAAUGGAAGCAGAUUGCUGAAGUUAUGAUGAGGAGGAAGCUGUUUGUGUUCUUUGACUCGGCUUAUCAGGGAUUCGCCUCAGGCAGUCUGGAAAAAGAUGCCUGGGCGGUCCGCUACUUUGUCUCCAUGGGCUUUGAGAUGUUCUGUGCCCAGUCGUUCUCCAAGAACUUCGGCCUCUACAAUGAGCGCGUGGGCAACCUGACCAUUGUGGCUCGUGAUGCGGACAACCUGAAGCGAAUUCUGUCGCAGCUGGAGAUGAUUGUCAGGACAACCUGGUCUAACCCACCGUCACAGGGUGCUCGCAUUGUUGCUGUCACUCUUAACUCACCUGAGCUCUUCGCUGAAUGGAAGGCGAAUGUGAAGACCAUGGCUGACAGGGUCUUGUUGAUGAGGGCUCAGCUGAAAGCUAAGCUGCAGGAUCUGGGAACACCGGGGACCUGGGACCACAUCACAGAGCAGAUUGGCAUGUUCAGCUUCACAGGCCUCAACCCCAAACAAGUAGAAUAUAUGGUGAAGGAGAAACACGUCUACUUAAUGGCCAGCGGUCGUAUCAACAUGUGCGGUUUGACCACCAAGAACAUCGACUACGUGGCUGAGUCCAUUCAUGAUGCUGUCACUCAGGUCCAGUAGAAGACAGCACUUUAUUCACAGUUCUUCCUACCCGGCACUGAGCCAUCCUGAUCCCAGGGACAGUCUUUGUAUCCAGCAGAGUUUCUGGGGCAAAGACUCUUAAGCCCCCUGGCCUCCUUUUCCCUGCUUUAAUUUUUUUGUGCUAAGCCAGGCCAAACACAUCCUGGGCCUGUUUCUCUACUGAAAGCACAGAGCUGGUUAUAGAUAUUCUUAUCUCAUUUCCAUUAGACAGUAUAUAGAUGUUGGAAUUAUUCCUUUAUGUAAUUGUUUAUAAUUGGUCUCUGUUUUCUCCAUGUUGGUCUCUUACUUGUAGUUUGAACUUAAGAGUGUGACAUCACUUAUUUUUUAAAUGUCGCAUACUAUUAGUUCUAUGUUAUGUGUAAUUACUCAGACCUUUGAGAUGGUUAGUACAUCUGUGACUGUGUUACAAUUACCUCAGCAGUGCUGACUCUUAAAUCCUCCACUGUUUGUCAUACUUUUAUUAUUCAUCCAUUCCAAGUGUUGAUGAUACAUUUCCAUUUUUAAUUAUUCGUAUUAAAGGUUAAAGUAUUCACCUAUAUCAUGAAUGAAGUAGAAGUAUUAUAUCCUUUAUGCAAUGUGAAACAGAGUGUUCUCAGGAAGAUAUUUUCAACUUGAACUAUGUAAUUUAUUAAUGAUAAUGUCUUCUACCCACAGGGGUUAUGUAAAUUAAGUGUUUUUCUUUCAGUUUUUCGUUCUGUGAGCACAAACGUCACUGAACUGUCCUCACAGCUGUCGUGACUCCAGAGCAAUCUCAGAGUUUUCUGCUGCCAGCCGAAUCUUCUGAUGCCUCUGGUUCAGUCCGGCACCUGCCAAGUUAAUGUUGAGUUUGCACAGCGAUCGUCUGUUCAAAGCACUCGCGCACUAUUAUGUAAGACAGAGGCACAAACAUGCUAAUGAUCAACUAGUUUGCUAUCAUAUCACUGCACACACCAAUUUAGCUGUCUUACUGUGUAGCAAAUGAAUACAAGCUGAUGAGAUGAAUGAACUACUCUAAUAAAUAACUAUAAAUAGUA